UGUUCCGGAGGAAUAUUGUUCUUCAAUCUAUUUCUAGAGCGAAUCAUAACAUUAUUGGCUUAUGUUAUGCGAAGAUAUCACGAAAGAAAGAUCAGAAUUAUUAACCAAAGACGCGAUUCUUUGUAUAAGAAUCGGAGGGAAUCGUGUGUAUCGGUGGAUGAAAAGCUGGACAUGAAUUGGAAACCAUCGGUGUAUUGGGUGAUGACAGUGUUGGCCACUUUCACAGUACUCAUAGCCAUCACCGCAUCCGUCGUCUACUCAAUGGUCGAGAAAUGGGAUUAUUUUGAUUGCAUUUACUUCUGUUUCGUCGCCUUUUCGACCAUUGGUUUCGGCGAUUUGGUCACAAACGAGAGGACAGACUCCGGUCUCGACGCAUACCAUUCCCACGUCUACAGAGUGGCCAACUUUGUGUUCAUAGCGUUGGGCUGUUGUUGUAUUUAUAGUCUGUUUAACGUCACGUCAAUCGUAAUCAAGCAGUUUCUGAAUUGCAUAAUCAAAAAACUAAACUUUCGGUGCAAGUGUUGCCGCAAACACGCGGCACCUGUGCUCACGCAAGUGACCAGAAGUCGACGCAACGCUCUGACUCCGAGUCAUUUGCGGAACUACUCAAACACCGGCCCGAAGACAGUGACAGUGAAGGCCAGUAUAGCGACGGCCGCCGACUCGAGUGAUAACGACUCGACGUAUGACUCGGACUCCGAGCGCCGGAACUCAUCGGAAAUGAUUUGCAUGAAAGACGUGAUCAAAACGAACAAAGUAUCGCUCGCUAUACUCCAGAAGGAGUUGUAUGAAUGCGCUCAACGCGAGAGGAACUACAGAAGUCCUGCCAUUUUGUUGCCAUCGAAAGCCAAUGAUAAUGACUUCAGCGUCAGAACAGUUGGUCCGCUCGCCAUCGCCACCAAGAAAUUAAGCGAAGACGACAAUUGA